GUUGACAUCAUAACUGUAGGCCAGUCAAAGAAAAAAAAUUUCUUUGUAUGAAUGCUCUCCACUCCCCCUCUCCAUCUCCAUUUCCCCUUAUUCAAUCUGUAAAUGCAAGCAAAGUCUUUAUUUUCCAUUUAUUUUUUAUAUUAUUUUCCAUCUCUCAACAUCUCUCUCUCCUGUUUGGUGACCAACAACCCCUUCUUUCAUCCAAAAAAAAUUAAAAAAAAAAACAAAAAAAAAAAAAAACAAGAAAAACACACCCUUUUGUUUAAUUAUUAAUAAUAUAUACAAGUUCUAAUGUUCUAUAUCCCUUUAAUUGAGUUUGUAUCAUCUCUCUGCAUUUUUUAUGUGUAAAGAACUAAAUAUUAUUUGGCAUUGAACUUGCUUUACACGAGUCUUGUUUUUCCACCAAUUUUCCGAUUUAAACAACUCAAAAAUUCAACUUUAGUUGAGUGUUUUUCCCUCUUUCUACCCCACACCCACCUUCUUGCUAUUGCUUACCCACAUUCUUGAAGCUUGAUAUCAUCAUUGUAUGCAACAUUUUGAUACCCUUUUAAGUCAACUUAUUGUUUCAUAGGUUUUCUUGAAAGUCUUGAAUCAUAAAAAUUGAAUCUUUAAGCAAAUUAGACAAGUUUUUGGUGAUUUUAGAGUUUUCUUGAAAGUCUUGAGCCAUAAAGAUUGAGUCUUUAAGCAAAUUAGACAAGUUUUUUUGGUGGUUUUGGGUGAUUUGAGUUUUUUAGGGUUUGAAGAAAAUAUGUCACAAAUGGAAGCAGAAAAUGGUGAUGGAAAGUCAAAGAUGGAAGAUUAUGAAGUUAUUGAGCAGAUUGGUAGAGGGGCUUUUGGGGCUGCUUUUCUUGUUCUCCAUAAAAUUGAAAAAAAGAAGUAUGUUAUGAAGAAGAUUAGAUUAAACAAGCAAACAGAGAAGUUUAAGAAGACAGCACAUCAAGAGAUGGAUUUGAUUUCUCGACUUAAUCAUCCAUAUGUUGUCGAGUACAAAAAUGCCUGGGUGGAUAAGGCUGGCAUAUGCAUAGUGACAGCUUAUUGUGAAGGGGGUGACAUGGCCGAGCUUAUACGGAAGGCUAGAGGAACGUAUUUUCCAGAGGAGAAAGUUUGCAAAUGGUUAACACAACUAUUAUUGGCAUUGGAUUAUUUGCAUACUAAUCGUGUCCUUCAUAGGGAUUUAAAGUGUUCCAACAUAUUCCUCACAAAGGAGAACGACAUUCGUCUCGGUGACUUUGGGCUCGCGAAACUCCUUAACUCAGAAGACCUUGCUUCCUCGGUUGUCGGCACUCCCAACUAUAUGUGUCCCGAACUCCUUGCAGACAUUCCUUACGGCUAUAAGUCAGAUAUUUGGUCCCUUGGUUGCUGCAUGUUUGAGAUUUGUGCGCAUCAACAACCGUUUCGAGCUCCUGAUAUGUCGGGACUUAUCAACAAGAUAAACCGAUCAACCAUCUCUCCUCUCCCCAUCGUCUAUUCUUCAACAUUAAAACAGAUCAUAAAGACAAUGCUAAGGAAAAGCCCGGAACAUAGACCACCUGCUGCAGAACUUUUAAGGCAUCCGCAUUUACAACCGUACCUCCUUAAAUGUCACAACCCGUCUUCUGUUUUUCUACCCGUUAAGCCCCCAAGUAGCCCGAAUGAUAAAGUCCGUAAAAAACAUUCACCCAUGAAACCAAAUGAUGGAAAACAUAUACAUGAGAGAGAUGUACAAGUAUUAAAGCCGAAAGUACAAGUAACGAAGCAUGAAGAGAACGGUAACAGCGACAUGCCUGUUAGAAGCUUACAUAACAACCCCGUUUUUGCAAUUGUAGAAGAAACGGAGACCAAGAGGGUGGACCCCACGAGUUAUUUUAACGAUAGUGGGGACACAAGUUGUGAGACUACAAUAGUUUCUAAUGGUGAUGGGCCUGAAAAUUCGGAUUCAUUAGUACAAAAGGUCAGCACAAAGUCAAGCUCUAUAGAUCUUUCUAAUGGAGAACAAGAAGCAACAAGUCUUCAACUUUAUGAGAAACCCGACAAGGGUAUUAUUGGAAAUGACAAAAAAGAUGAUCUUUUGGUGACUUUUAGUGAAAAAGUUGAAUCUUUAUAUGAAGAAAACAUGUCGACUCAAAUGGUCAUUUGUGAGGUGGAUACAGAGCAACCAAGAACCGUUGAGCCCAAACCGGUCGAACCCGUUGACCAAGAACCAGACUUGAAGCAACCAGAGAAGGCUGCACCGGUUAACGAGUCAUUGGGAACCCACGCCCCGUCAAGUGAGACCAACGGCAAGACCGAAUGGCUAAACCCGACUCAACAAAGAGCCGAUGCAUUAGAGUCUUUACUUGAGUUAUGUGCACGGUUACUAAAACAAAAUAAACUUGAAGAGCUUGCGGCUGUUUUGAAACCGUUCGGUGAAGAGACGGUUUCGUCUAGAGAAACAGCGAUUUGGUUAACGAAAAGCCUCAUGGGGGCGCAGAAAUCUUGAAUUUAUAACCUUUUUAAAUAGUUUUAUAGAGGUUUAAGUGUGGAAGAAAAAUAGGGUUUAAGUAACUAGUCCUUUGACUUUGACUUGUAUGGGGGUUGACUUUUGUUUAUGUAAAUACAUGACUAGUUGACCACCCCCUACGUCUUGGCACAGAAAGGGCUUUUUGGUGUGUUUGAUUGUUUAUUUUUGUCUAGUAUGGGUGUUGUUUUUUGGAAAGCAAAUAUUAUGUUUAAUGUGAAGUUAUUAUUAUGUGAUUAUUUUACCUAA